CCGCGAUGCUGCCCGCGGCUCCGGGCGGGCCGGGCGCGAGCCGGGGGCGGGCCCCCCGCGGCCCCGCGCCCCCAGAAAAUACAAAAGACAUCAUAAUGAUAUAUGAAGAAGAGGCUGAGGAAUGGGCUCUGUACUUGAAGGAAAUUUUUUUACAUGUUGUGAAAGGGGAAGCAAUCCUGUUAUAUCGCUUGGAGAAUUACUCUCUUCAGGAUUUGGAAUUGCUGAGUUUAAACUCUUACAAAUGUAAACUUUUGAUAUUAUCGAGUAGCCUGCUUAAAAACCUAACUCCAAAGAAAUGUCAGUUUUUGGAAAAGGUACUGCAUUCACCAGAAAGUGUGGUUACUCUGCUGUGUGGGGUGAAGAGUUCAGAUCAGCUCUAUAAACUAUUAAAUGUCUCCGGAGGCAGAUGGGAGAUCUCAACUGAGCAGGAGCCUGACGACUACAUCUCUGUCAUCGAGAGCAUCAUAUUCAGAGGUUCUGAGGACUACCUUGAGGUUGAUAUUCCAACAGACCUAAGAGUGGAAUAUUCUGGGAAAAUAAGUGAGAGAAAGGAAAUUGAAGAAUUAUCAGAAGCUUCAAGAAUCACCAUACCACUGGCAGUAGUGCUUCCUGCUGAAAUUCCAUGUGAGAAUCCUGGUGAAAUAUUUAUUAUUUUGAGAGAUGAAUUAAUUGGUGAUACUGUGGAGAUUGAAUUUACAUCAAGUAACAAAUGCAUUAGAACACGGCCAGCCCUUUGGAACAAGACAGUCUGGUGUAUGAAAGCUUUAGAUUUUCCUGCUGGCUCUGUCAAUGUCGAUGUCUACUGUGAUGGAAUCCUUAAGGCCAAAACAGAGAUUAAGUACUACACAGCAGCAAAGGCUAAGGAAUGCCUAUUGGGAGUGGCAGGUCCAGGAGAUGGUGUGUGCUGGAAUGACAUUGGUGAACUUGAUGAUAUUCUCACAUCCAUAUUCAAACACGAAAUACCACAUUAUGAGUUCCGAUCUCUCCAAACUGAAAUCUACCCUCCAGAAGAAUGUACUCAUUUCAAAGAACUUCCAACUCUUCUCCACUGUGCAGCAAAAUUUGGCUUAAAGAGCUUGGCUAUUCAUUUGCUUCGGUGUUCAGGAGCAACCUGGGCGUCUAAGGUGGAAAAUUCGGAGGGCUCAGAUCCAGCACGUAUCGCUGAAGCACAUGGGCACAGAGAACUCAAGGAAAUCUUUGAAGACUUUUCAAUCCAAGAAGUUGGCAGAAAUAAUGAACAAGAAAGUGACUAUGAAGAGGAUUUUACCUCAUUUUCUACAUAUUCUCCCACCAUACAGAAGGUAGCAUUUCAUCAUGAAAGCAGACAGACAUACAGGCAGAGUGCGGGAGGAGCUGAGGCGCAGGAAACAGUACAGGAAACAGAAGAGAAUGGAUCGCGUGCGGAGGCCGAGCACAGCCUAGCAGAGGUUGGCAGUGGGAGUUCUGAGAACGAGUAUGAUGACUUGUAUAUGUUCAUUCCUGGAGACAAUCCGGAAAUCAAUUCACCAGAACCACUCAUGAGCAACAGACCACCUCUCCCCCCGCCACGACCUGUAGCUGCUGCCUUCCAACUGGAAAAACCUCACUUCACAUUACAAGUAGGGAAAAUGUUGGAAGGCCAAAUGGAAACAAGUGAUCCGGGUGCAAGACAGGAAACAGGAGGUGAACCUAAAGAGGAAGAAGAAAAGAAAGAAGAUGACAAGGAGCAGGAGGAGGAAGAAGAUCCAUACACUUUUGCUGAGAUUGAUGACAGUGAAUAUGAUAUGAUAUUGGCCCACAUGAGUACAAAGAAAAAAAUUGGAAGUCGAUCUUUCAUUAUAAACAGACCUCCUGCCCCUACACCUCGACCUACAAAUAUCCCUCCAAAAGAGGAAACCACACCUUACAUAGCUCAAGUGUUUCAACAAAAGGCAGCCAGAAGACAAUCUGAUGGUGACAAGUUCUAUGGUCCUAAGAGACAAGACAGAGCUGCUCGGGCGGAGAGUCAAGCCUUUUCCACUGCGAGGGGCUGCCUGGCUGUGGGGCAGGAAGAGCUCAUCCUCCUGCAGGAGAAGGUCAAGAAUGGGAAGCUGUCUGUGGACGAAGCUCUGGAGAAAUUUAAACAAUGGCAGAUUGGAAAGACUGGCCUGGAAAUGAUUCAGCAGGAAAAACUACGCCAACUACGAGAUUGUAUUAUUGGGAACAGGCCAGAAGAAGAAAAUGUCUUUGAUAAGCUCACCAUUGUGCACCAUCCAAAUGGUAAUGAAAGUGUCCACAAUGAAAAUAUGUUGCGUAACAUACCCAUCGGCAAUAAGCUUCCUGCUCGACUCCAAGGUGAAAAAGAAUUUGGUUUCUGUUCCAGGAAAGAUCACUAAAGAAGGUUCUUAUAAUGAAAUGCAAGAAUCUGCAGACACUGUGCUUUCUGGAUAAAGCAAGCUUGCAUUUGGAUUGCCUGCUGUCUUCAGGGCAAAUCUAGACUCUGAAAGCAAAAGCGAUCCUCUGGAUUUCAGAAUUUGUUAUUGCCACAAUUUAUUGGCAUUGUACCUGCUUCAGAUGGGUAUAUCGAGAUUAAAAUUGAAUGCCAUAGAGCAAUUGCAUUCUUUGAAAAUUCUUGCAUUUUACAAUGCACUUUGCCACUGAAGCAACGAUGUCCCAUUUUGAAAAUUAAAGGAAAACAAGAGCAGAGGAGUUAAAUGCUCUGUAGCAAAGUUAUUGGGCCUGUUUGAGGCACUAACCUUAAUAGUGUACUCCUCCUGUCCUUGGAGUAACCAUGACAAUACAAAUUUGUUUAGUACGUAUUUGCCUUUCAAGUGGCUGGUCCAUUUUCUGAAUUUCUCACAUUCAAAGCUUCUAAUUAUUAUUGUCACUGCAUGUCUGCAGAAACCUUCCCUUAUUUAGUGCUUAUUUGCAUAUAACCCUUAGAACAUUGUUUUUCUAUCUUUCUGUAUCUCAUUUUAAUAUACAUUUCUAUAACCUGUAUUCCUUAUUAAAAGGCUUAUAAUUUCA